CUGCAGGUUUGGGGGGGGGGGCGGAGUCAAACAGCUGGAUACUCUGGAGUGUCUCGUGGCGGCGAUGCAACGAGACCCACUGCUUGUGAGAGCGAGCCUCCCCCUCUCCAAUUCAUAGCGAAAAACGGCUAUCGGGACCUCCGUUUUUCGGGAAUGAAAGACAGGAUUUUAUAUUAAAAAAAAAAGCUUUCAUCGUGUCCCGCGUGUGUGGAAUAGUUUUGGGCUACUACAGGUGUGGAGGACAGGUCGGCGUACUCAAAGUUACCAAAAAACUGCAAAAACUUGCUAGCUAACAGAGAGGCAGAAGCUAAAAGGACACACCUGUCCAACUACCAUCCUCCAUCUUCAAGAAAAUGAAUCAGUCGGUGGCAAUGCAGAUGUCAGUCACACUCAGUUAAAUGUUAGUACUACUUGAGCAGAUAUUGCUCGGCUGGCCGAAGAGGAAAAAGAAGAAAGGGGCUGCUCAAGGAGGAUGUCUCUCUGGAUGAUGCUGCCUGUUAGCCUCCCAGUUCUGACCAUCACUGGGAUAUGGGUUGUGUACGCCAUGGCCCUGUACAAUCAACAUGUCUGCCCUGUGGAUAACUGGUUGUACAACCAGUCAUGUGAAGAGGAUCUGUAUUUGCAGAGUGGGCCGACCUUGUGCUGCACGCUAGACAAUGUACCUCUCAUCAGUAAAUGUGGAACUCUUCCCCCUGAGAGCUGCUUCUUCAGCCUUAUCUGCAGCACGGGCUCAUUCAUGGUUAUGGUGAUUGUGCUGCUCCGCUAUGCACACGUCAUUGAGAAGCACCAAAAUUGUGUUCUCAACACGGCGAGUCUCUCCACAGGCUGGAUCUGUGCCGCUGGACUCAUCAUGGUGGGCAACUUCCAGGUGGAUAAUUCCAAAGUUCUCCACUAUGUCGGAGCAGGCAUCGCCUUCCCCACCAGUAUGUUGUUUGUGUGCCUGCAGUCAGCACUUACAUACCGACUGUCCAAGACCCAGGGGGAGUACAACGUGGCCCACCUCCGGCUCUGCAUGACCCUGCUGGCCUUCGCAUCCUUGGUGCUCAGUGGCGUGUUUUUCUGUCAGGAGAGUUUCGUCCUACAACACGCAUCGGCCAUCUUCGAAUGGCUGUUCUGCGUCAUCAUCAUGCUGUUUUACGGGACAUUUGCCUUUGAGUUUGCCGGCAUGUCAUCAGAUACCAUGGUGGUGCUGGCUCAAGGGACCCUGAGACCUGCUGGGAGAGAACACAAGGUGGACGCACUCGGAUCCCUGGGAGGGCCCAUUCCUCACUCACAGCCACAUCUACAUCAGCCUGAACACAUGUCCAUACUUUAGCCUGCUGGCACAUCUUGAUGCCACACAGAUGGCUUGUUUAUUCCUCUCAAACUCUGGUUUUCGAUUGAGUUUAAUUAUUGAUUUCCAGCCGCAUUUGUCUGAAGCUUUGAAGUGAACCAGGCCAGUGCAGUCGUCGCUCUUGGCAGAGUGGAUUCUACUAUUUCAGCCCCAGGGGUGGAGAGCUCAGCUUGUCUUGUGCUCACAUCAGAGCUUGGGGUCUCUCAAGAACUUUGUUUGUAUUUUGCACAUUGCACAAGUGUAAAACCAAGUUUUUUUCCCAACUUAUCCCUCGUAUCAAUCAGACAAAGAAAAUGUACUGGUUCCCCCUGAGAUCCUGUAACCUGUCUCGAUAAGUGGCCUUGAACCAUUUCUACUUCAAGUGACUGCCGUGAUGCUUUUAUUGUAUACGUAAAGGAGUGAAGGCUGCUGGACAGCCGAGCUGACAGUAUUGCAGAAGUGAGACUGAGAGAAGAUGGUGUGAGUGUUACAGUGGAGAAUGGAUAAAUGCAAUACAUUUAAAGAAACGGUGUCAAAAGGUAAACAAAGGUUGUAGUCAAUAAUGGAGAUGGAACAGGGCAGCGGUCUGCAUUUUGCAAACAUUUAAACCUGCAUUAAGCAAUAUUUCUGAUAUUAACAAAUCAAAUAAUUGUAAUGUCAAAGAAUCCCAGUAGAGUUAACUCCCUAUUCCACAUAGAUUGUAGCAGCUUUUUAGCAUAUGUUUAUUCAGCCGGCAUACUCUUGUCAAGCUCGGGGUCAAAAUCGCUUAAGGUGGCUUUAUGUUUGAUCAGCUCCCCCACAUAUGCAAGCCCAACACUAUUUUUAAAGUAUCCAUGGGACCCACACCCAGCACACAUUUGUCAUUUUGUGUCUGGAUACAUUGGGUGAUGUGUCAUGUCAUUAUUUGGACUACAUACAGAACAAACAGUAGAUCUGGUGCCUCAUUAAAUCUAACCUUUAUGAGUGAGUCUGAAAAAACAUCUUGCCUUUACCUCUUACUGUUAGGACAAAUACACCGUAUCAACCUUAAACUUCAAAUUGAUUGAACUUCCUCUCAGUAGAGUUCUACCACAGAACAUGAAAGAGAGAUGAUGCAGUGUCCAGAGGCCAAAUGAGUACCAGCUAAUUCAAGCCAGAGCACUGGGUUUAUUGAGUUUAGCGCGGAGGCAUCACACGUGUUUUCAGGUCCUAAGGACGUAGGUCUGUAUCUCAUUACUCCCCAACAAGGACGCGCAACACAUGCUGUCAUUGCCUUACCUACUUACUCUUUCUUCAAACUCUCCGUCAAUGGAGUUUUUCCCAGCAUGUCUAGCUGGUGAAGCAAAGUGAAAAAGGAAGGAUUUGUAAUGUAAGACGUUGCUGUCCUGCCUCUGUGCUACUGAACAGCAGAAUACGCCAAAUAUCACUUUGCCUUUGGCAUCGGUGCUAAAACACACAAGGCCUUAUCCUGACAUUUCCCCCGGAGUUUAGCUGUAAUUAUGUUAACGUCUGAUGCAUGAAAGCAACAAGAUGGAGAUGUAGGGCCAGCAUGAGCAGCAUUGACUGCUAAUAGUGGAGGAGCAGAGACAGAAGGUCGCAUGCGUGCUCGUGGCUGCCAGGAUUACCAAAACUGAUAUGUUGUGCUCCCUGCUAAUAGCUACACUAACAUGCUGUUUUUAUCUAAUAGUGUACUUUUUCUUUCAGUUUCCUUUUUGUGCGGAUGUUAAAAUGUCGAUUUGUAUUAAUUGACUUUCUCUGACAUUCUGUGGCGUGUUGUAAAACAGAGAUGUGCCAGAAUUACUGUUUAUAUUUGAGCAAAGUUUCAACAUCUCAGUUUAAUAUUAACACACUCUGAGCUCUCUGGUGGAAAACCAGAGCAAGCAGAGGGUUUACAACAGUAAUAGUCUUGUUAGUAGGCGUUCACACAGUAAAUAUAUCACUCCCUUGUACCACAACCGGCCACAUGUUGGGCAGAGGUUUCGAUCGUACCAGUAUUUGAAGUGUAAGGGAUUCAGCUGCUCAAAAGCCCAUUCUUCAAACUGAGUUUUACAAUCUGCUACAGAAGGACUGAAAUGUAGUAAUUCACUAUCAGACUGAAUGUAUGAAUACUGUCAACAAAGACUGAAGUGGAAAAUGCUUGUGCACGUUGCUACUGUCGAAACGGCACCAGACACAUCUCUGAUCACUUGCUUCUCCCUACUGGUCAAACUGCUUAUUGCAUUUGUUGGGAGCUGUAAUGUUGUAGCGCCGCUCAUAGGAGGUCUUGUUUUGUACUUGAUACAUUUUUGUAUCCACAGCAGAGAAUAUUUACACAAAGGUUCACGCCAAAUCUGCUUUUGUUUUACUUCUAAAUGUACUAAGUGAAGUCAUGAAGAGCAUUUGAACUCCUGCCUGUGCUUCUGGCUUUAGUUCAGCAGUGAUCUUCUUCAGGUUUCUACCUGACAUCCCUUUGAAGUAAAACUUGGCCUUGUGACACUAAUAUUACAAUAUGCAUUCUUCUAACAAAUCCCAGGAAGUGUUAAGUCAAAUGAUGGUGCUGCUCAUGCAUUUUGUCAUUACACAUUUACUCAGUGUGUUUUACUGAAUGGUUUCUUCACGUCAGGAUGCUAUGCAUAAUGCCGUUUCCAGUUGAACACUACAAAAGUGACUUUUGAGAAAUAUUCUCAGUCAGAUUCAAAUUUUGCAAUGCCCGUUGAGCGUCCUUCUCUUCAUUUCAUAGCAACCUCUCUACUUGCUGUCCUGUUAUUUUCUCAUUGACUGAUCUGUCUGGAUUUUGCACUCAGGAAAAUGUUACGACACCAGCUACAUUGUUUGAUUCAAAGCAGAAUUUACUCUGCUUGCUUCUGCCUUCCGUCGUCUUUGUUUAAUGGCAUUCAUUUUGUUUGAGGAUUCGUCGUGUUUAUAUGUUUUGUGUUAUAUAGGUGGUUAGCCAUGUUAAAAUAGAUUAUUUUUGCUAAUCAAGACUCUGUUAAGCUUCAAAAUAAACAUUCCUGUAUAGUCGGUCA